AUGGCAAUCGUAUAUGCUUCAGCUGAUUCAAAUAUAGGGUAUUACGAAUACCAAAAUUAUCCGAAUGGACCCUGGCAUAAGAUUGAACUUAGAACCUUUCCAGUAGUCAAAGCAAACAAUGAUGUGCCUGCAUUAUUUCUCAAUGAAACAACAAGGAUUCGCUUCAACCCUGCCAAACUUUCAGGAUCGACGUGGACAGAGCUAGAAGCAAUGAGAAAUGCCUCUCUGCGGGCAGUUGGCUGGGAUAUGUCAGAUACCAAGAAGAGCGGAAUGCGGACAGUCAGAAUUGGUCAAAGUGCCGCAGGAUAUUGUUCCGAUUCAAAGAGAUUUACUUGUUGCAUGUACUUUGUGCUUACUCAAAUGAAGAUAAGUGGUUGUGACAAACAGCCAGGCUCAAAGAUGGAAUUGAACAGCUGUGGAGAAUGCUCCUCAGUGGAGAAUGAUAUUUACAAGCGAUGCAAUGACUGCCAUGCUGUUAUUGAUUCGUGGGGCAACUGCAUCAACAAAGAUAAUCCAGAUCUCCUUCGUGACUGCCAUGGAACUUAUAAUGGGAAUGCCAUUAUAGAUAGUUGCCGCAAUUGUGUUCUGGGAACUACAGGUUUAGCCUUCAAUUUCAUGAUGGAUUGCGCAGGAACAUGUGGUGAGUUCUACACAGAUUCGUGUGGCAACUGCAUCAACAAAGCUAAUCCCAAGAGCUUCACUGACUGUACUGGGUUGUGUAAUGGAGCUGCUUUUGUCAAUGCUUGCGGAUACUGUGUUGGGGGGACUACUGGCUUGCCUCUGAAUCACAAAAAGGAUGCGUGUGGCGUUUGCAUGGGAGAUAACGCAACUUGCCAAGACUGUGCGGGCUUUCCGAAUGGCGAAAGGGUUAUUGACAUUUGUGGCGAUUGCCGUUUGCCCACUGACACUAGUUUCAACACUGGAUGUAGGAAACUUGGCCGAUGCAAUGUGACUGUUUUGCCGAAUGAUGCUCAAUAUGCAAUUGGCUGCAACGGUGCUGGAAUCGACGUAUUUAUAAGUGUCACUUGCAAGCUUGUAUCUUCCUCUCAAAAUAUUGAUGCUGCUGAACCAAAGCUUGAAAAGUUCAACACGAAAGUCAUUGGAGUAUCACUCAAACUGCCAUUUUCUGUCGCUGUGGGUGAUUAUAAAGUCAGAUGUACUUUCCCUGCACAAGAUCGUGUACCUCAAUUCACAGACGACUCUAAGAACAGCAUUUACAUUUAUUCCAAAUCUGGAAUAAGCUACGCUGGAAGAAGGCCUGUGGAACACGAAGUUGGCUUUCCAUUCGAUCUCACAAUAACAGGGAGUGGAUUUUUCAACUCAAGCUACUUGAAGUGUAUAACACAGGACGGUCGGCACCUCAACGCAACCUUUGUCAGUUCAACUACUGUCAAAUGCCAUAUCCCCGCAAUAAGAAGAUCAAUUAACUUGUCUCUCACACUGUCUUGGUCACCAGUGGAUAGAGUAUUCAACAAGGCCAAACACGUUAAUGUUAGUCUAUUUUCUUACGCUGCUAACAUUACUAGUGCUAAAUUUCAAGAUAACCUUGGCUUCAUUGAUAUAAUUCUAGACAGGGCAUCAAAGCCUGUAGACAUUUCCAGCACAUGCUCCAGCUUCUUUUCUGACAUAUCAACGCUCGGCACUGGAGCAAUAUGCAAGUUCAGUGGCCUUAGAAGAUUUACAAUCAAGUUGGGAAGACAAGCAACAAUCAAACCUAAUGAUACGUUAAUCUUCAAAAGUGCAAGCAUCAAAGAUUUCCAUGGUGAUGUGACAAAAUACACUGUUGCUACUCAAUCUGUAUUUAUUGCCAGCCCAGUCAAUGUGGUUUAUCCAGAGGCAGUGCUCACAACAUCAUCAGAAGUUGCUAAUUGUGCUGGAAUCAAGCUGGUAGGACGACAGUCUUCGGGAGGUGGAGGUCGUCCAUUGGAGUUUUAUUGGAGCCUUAGCGUCAACAACGAUGUUAAUUCGUCGCAUCCAGACCUCGUCGAUUACCGUAACUUGCUCAGCGCCUUGCCAACUACUGCCCGGGUGGUUACACUCCCAAAAAAAGCCGGACUGGUGAAUAUCCCAAUCACCUUCAAACUGACAGUCAAAAACUUCUUAGGAAUGCAAGGUCAUGAUUCGAAAAUUGUCAUUAGGGCAAGCAGAAUCAAGCCAUCAAUAGAGGUGGGAAAGACAAAAAGGACACACAUUAUUUCCGAAGUUCUGCUAAUUGAAGCGCAAGCGACGAUUGAUGCCAGCUGUGGCGUAGAAAGCAAAAUCUUGUACAAUUGGUACAGUAGCAAUGGAUCAACGAUUAGUCUUCCUAACGCAAGGAACCUUUAUCUUCCACCUAGGACCAUGAAACCUGGUUUGAGAUAUCAAUUCACUGUUACUGCCGCCUUGGCCACGGACCCCGACUCCACAGCGACUGCAACAAUAACUAUUCUUACUGUUGCAUCACCUCUUGUAGCGCGUCUUAUAAUGCCCUCUUCCGUUGGCAUCAACGACAUUGUGGUGUUCGAUCUUUCUAAAUCAUCUGACCCUGAUCAAACGGCAGAAACCCAACACUGUCAGAUAGAAUUCAAAAUUGGCACAGCAUCAGUUUACCGUAAAGUAGAUGGCACAUUUAAGCCAGUGAUAUAUACUGGGUGUAUACGUCACAAGGUUCAGAUUAACACCUUCCUUGAAGGCGAUAAAAACUAUACUGUGGUGCUUACAUACAAGAAAGGUCUACGGGUUGCAAUAUCGAGCAAAAGAUUGAAAACUGAGAAAAAAAGUCGACCCUUGGUUUACCUCAAAACGAGCAGUACAAAGAAGGUCCCUACUUCUGUGUUGUUUUCUAUCAAGGCGAAAAUCGUUUCCAAAAAUUUUGCGGGAGAUAUCACCUACUACUGGCACUGUCAAGAGUGUGCUGGGUUUGAUUUAGAGGCGUCGAAAGUUAAGAAAAGCGAAACCAAAGCGACCAAAAAAAUAAAAAUAGGGGCCACAAUUGUUACUACACUCGCCAUCGCAGCAUUCAAGCUGCCGCCAGGAGCAACGCUUUCCUUCAACCUUACCGCUUGUGGCAAGGUAGGAGAUUCAACGGUAUGCGGCUCAGCGGUCCAGAACAUCACAACCAAUUCACCGCCUUCGUCUUGUGUUUUCGCAGUCAGCCCUAGCAGUGGCAUUACUCUUCAAACACUGUUCACAUUUGAAGCUUCAUACUGCAAUGAUGAUGCUCCGGACAAGCCUUUGAAAUACAUUUUUGGUUUCCUUGACGAAAGUGGUAAGGAAAAUGCAAUAAAUGAUGCUGGAGAAGAUAGUCAGUUAUCAGAUUAUAAGUCCAUGCCAGGAAUACUGACUGCAUAUGUCAAGGUGAUGGACAAAAACGGGGACAGUGUACGUCUUGAGUUCACAAUCAACGUCAGCAAGCGUGCAAUCCCGCCCUCUGAGGUCACAGCACAGGUUUCAAUCAUAGCUGACACAGCAUCUAUUGACAUCACUGUUGCAGCAUACCAAAUAACGAUUCUGAUCGAAUCAAGUGAUGUAAUCGCUGAUGAAAACAGUAAGGAAGCCGAAGAAAAACGACAAGCUCAAUCAACCGCUCUUGCAGUGGUUAGUAGAAAUACAAUCAGUGUGAAAACAAGUUCACAGAAGUUGAUCGUCGCAAUUUCAGUUAAAUCCUGUUUCAAGGGAAUGACAAAGAAGAACGCACGCCCGGAAAUGGUUAAUACUAUGUCAAAAAUCUUUGUACAGUUUGUUGUUACCGAAAAGAAAACUUCACGUAGAAGGAGAUCUGUAACACCAGCACCAGUCACACCGAUAACAGUGUCAGAGGCAGAAACCUACCUGGAGCCGUUCCGUACCCUUGAUCCAAAUAAAACAGACAAUGACACUCUAACCGCAAAGAAUAACUUUCUCAUCCUCUUGCCCAGCCUCCUCAAAGGCAUGUGCAGAAACUCGCUGUUCAAUGUCCCUGCUUCCGUGGCCAAAACUACGACUGCCGUCCUCCAAACUUUCAAAGUUGAUUUCGGUUCAACCGUUAACAGUGAGAUUCAACUGGGAUGCACUGACUGCACGGAUAUGAUUAAAAACGCCUCUUACUUGCAGCUCGGACAGACGCUAAUUGACCAAUAUUCUUCAUUUGUUUGCAAUCCUAACGGUGAGAACUGCACAGGAGCUUGCAUUGCAUCUGCGCAGAUGCCGCUGGAUUACCUAUCAACUCCUCUUGUUUCAAAACGUCUCAGUGCUGUUCUUCUCAUUCAACUUUGGAAUCCUGACGAAACGUAUGCAGCUGAAGAGCUAACUCCUUCGGCACUUGCAAACCCAAUGAUUGUUAAGGUGCCUCUCCAGACUACAACACUGGCUACAUACGUGUGCAAACUUUGGGAUCCAACAUCAAAGACGUGGGUCGAAUCUAAUGCAAUGACGGUGUCACAGACUCUAGUAACUGUUAGCAGCACCAGCUACAUCAAAUGUGCCAUCAACAGAACUGGCUAUGUCUCUAUAUUCGAGGGACCGCCAUUGCCAACAACAGUACCACCUACCACGCCUUCAACACCACCAACAACAACGCAGUCGACAGCGGGAAAACCAAGAAUCAAGUGCCGGUUCUCCUUUGCUCUCACAUGCUCAAGCUACUUUAACUCAUCGACGAAAGACAAGUUUGAAAAGUCAGUCAAAUCUGAGUGUGCAAAGAAAAUGAAUGUACAAGAGCGAGCAUUGGAGAAUUUUCAAGCGACCUGUGGAAGCAUAAUCAUCAGUUUCGAUAUCGUUGGCUUGGCAUCAAAUGCCACCCUUGCAUCGGUUAAUGCCUCUGUGCAUCUUUUGAAGUCUCUGGUUGAGAGUGGCUCACUGAGCAUCAAAUUAUAUGACAAUCGGACCAUAACAGCCAGCACGUCCGGUUUCAUUAUCGUAUAUCCGACUACAACCGGACCGCCUACAACUGCACCGGCCACAACCAUCGCCACAACCAAAAAGACUAUCCCCAAAAAGGAAGACAAAGGCUUGUCCGGAGGAGCGAUUGCUGGUAUUGUGAUUGCGGUCCUUUUCGUGAUUGCAAUUGCAGCUGGUCUGGUGUACUACUUUGUUUUCCGAAAACAUACGAAAAUGGAUCCGACUGUAGAUCCAAAUGAUAAUGCUGUUGAGCUACAUUCGAAGCAAGGACCAACAAACCCUGGCUAUCAAGAAUCAGUAUGAGCUCUAGACGGUUGCUAAGUGAACAAGAAAUCAACCACUUUCACGUGAUGAUGUACACAGACACUUCAAAAGCGUGGCUUUUACUGUGUAUAAUGUAAAUGUUGGACAUAACAAGCUUAAUCUGAAUUAACCUGUGUUGGUAAAUUCUAAACAAAGCUUUUCCAGGCUCCCCUUUUCGGAAAAUGCAUUAGCGUAGUGCUCGGCCAUUUUUCUAAAGGUUCCCAUUAUAAAAUGGGUUGUUUCGUAUUUAAAUAUCGUUCUCCAGUUCUUCCAAGGCAGGCAUACGCUGACUUCUUUACCGACCAUUCCAUAAAAAUGCAUUAAAAAUACAUAGAGAGCUUCUUUGAAGAUAAGACCUAUCCAUUAAAGAGACAGACAUAUCAUUACAUCCACUUCUUAUAACGUUAACCUCGAGCCUAGCUAUUCGAUUUAUCUACUAACACAGCAUUGUUGCGAACUAUGCACUUGGUGACAUUGUUACCACUUUUAACUGACGCCAGAACGAAAGUUUUGCAGGUAGAAAAGUAGAGUAACAUGAGUAAAUUACUAGGGGGAUCCUGCACGAACAAAGAAUAGAGGUUUCAAUGUAGAAUUUUCAAUCAAAUGUUGAUAUGCUGUUUCAGCGAGUCAUUAUCAAGGUAGCCUAACAUUUGUGUCAUGACAUACAAUUAUGCUACCGAAAAAGCUGAAAUUAUUCUUCUCUAAAAAGACCUUGAGUUUCUAAGAAACAGUUUUUGUAUUUAUCUUGAUGAACUCAGAACGUUGAAAAAGAUAAAAGCUAUUGGGUCAGGUCUGCUUUUUUAGAGAAUAAAAAGAAAUUUGUUUCGGCUUCAGGUGCAGAAUCUCCAGCUCUUAAUGGGACUCGUAAAGACAUUUAACAUUCAACUUGUAAAUUGUUAUGUCGUUUAAUUUUCAGUUUUACAUCAGUUAUUAUUUUUUGGUUUUUCCAUCCAGUCUAAAUCAUACACAUAGCAACAUCUCGUCUUUUUGUAAAAAUUUGUAUCUUGAUAGGAAGAUGAUCGUGUAGUUUGUUUUAAAAAUUGUGUAUAGGGAAUCUUAACUAUCUAACUGUUGCUUUAUCAUAAGUUUUGUUUAAUUGUAUUGCAACUGUAGGCAUACAUGAGCAUAAAGGGAAUUACGAAAUGAUUUCACUUCUCAACUCCAAACAGCCGAUAAUUGAAGCAAUCUUAAGAAAAAUAUAACCGGCGAGAUAUUGAAGACAUUUUGGAUGCAUGUAACCAAUUCCGUUAAUCUUUUCUCUUAAAAAAGAAGCCUACGCAAGACCAGUGUUUUACCUGAAUUGCUCCAUUUUAUAAAACAUACAAAUCACCUCUUUAUUUCUACUUUGCACAAGACAUUGUGCGCCGAAAUCAUUCCUUUAAUCCCAGAUUUUGUCAUUGAAUUAAACAUCCUUUGAUUUUAUCAAUGCUUUCUGCCCGAAUCAAUUAGAGAAAGAAACACCUUUAAGAUAUCUGUUUGCGAGGGACUUUUUUUCUGUUUAUGAAGAGUAACACUAUUAUAGAAAAUGUUUGUAACAGCUUUGCAAUACAAUUAGCAUAUGU